AUGUUUGGGCUGGUUCUGAUGGUUACCAAGUACGUGCUCUUUGUCGAUGCAGGGUGUCACCACCUCAAUAGCGCUAAUAGCUCCAAUGGCAGCAGCACAGGUUAUCACUGGUUCCAUGUCAACGGUAACAAGAUUGAGACGGGCGGCUACAUGCAUAUCUCGUUGAUCCUCUUCUCAGCCUUUAUCUCGUUUCUCCAGAUCCCGGAAUACAUUUCGCUUGCUUGUGGGACCUAUGAAUGGCUUAAACCCCGCCCUCCAACUUCCCGCUCUUGUAACUCUGUCACUACCCGCUCUUGUUGCUAUGUAGUGUCUUCUUCAGUGGGUGUGGUACUUUGUUUGGUUGGACUAGGAGGGGUUGUGCUUUACUUCGCUAUAAACAUGGAAUUAGAGGAGGAGAGUUGUAAGGAGGACAAUAGCUAUAGACACACAUUGGUUGUGUUGCAUAUGAUACAUAGUGUGAUAGACUUCUUGAGUACUGUGUUGGCUUUUGUGGUUCGCCUCUGGAUGAUAUACCAUACGUACAAGGUUAUGAAGAUAUGGUCCAUACCUGAGGCUAUCAAUGAGGAGAAACGAGCAGAUGAAUUAUCAAGCAGUAAAACUGCACAGCAACUAGCUGAAGAUAAUUUUUACAACGAGUACGAGGUUGAGUAUGAGAAGAGAGGAAAGGAAGCGAAAGAACAAAUGCUGCCCUUUGUCCCGUGGUUCCUGUUUCCCUGGCUGCACUUCUUUGUCCUCACUCUUAUCAACCCUCAUCUUCUGCUAACACCGUGGACACAUGACCACAAUGAACAUAGGUCGGAAGUCAUUGCUAGAAGCCAGCUAUUAUAUUUUGGAAUUGUGAUAGUGUAUUUUGUUCAGAUCGCGGUACAACAUGCGUGUGCCAUGCGAAUGAACCAAUACCACAAAGACUAUCACGCAGAUAUGGAGAAUAGAGUCGUGCACAAGUACGAACGCUAUACAGAGAACCCUCAGACUACUACCAUUGUACCCUCAGUUCCGAACGAUAACCCUCAGACUACUACCGAUGUACCAUUAGUUCCGAACGAUAACCCUCAGAUUACUACCAUUGUACCCUCAGUUCCGAACGAUAACCCUCAGACUACUACCAUUGUACCAUCAGUUCCGAACGAUAACCCUCAGACUACUACCGAUGUACCAUUAGUUCCGAACGAUAACCCUCAGACUACUACCAUUGUACCAUUAGUUCCGAACGAUAACCCUCAGACUACUACCAUUGUACCAUUAGUUCCGAACGAUAACCCUCAGACUACUACCAUUGUACCAUCAGUUCCAGACGAUAGCGUGGUUGAGAAAGAGAAGAAGUACAUUUUCAUAGCAAGUCAGAUCUCAAUGAAAUUCAAGGAUGAGUACAAAUUUGACCCGACCUUUCUCUCCUUUUUCCCAAACGUGAAUGUAGAGAAUCCGUAUUAUUUGUUGGUUUUUAUAGUUGGUAUUGCCGUCAGUACAUAGAAUUUUAUACCAAUGAACGAUUAUAAAAUUGUGGCAUUUUUAGUUUGCUUUUUAGGCAAAUGAACUGUAGAUGUAAUAUUUAUCAUGA